GUUAAAGGAGCAUCUCAAAGCACUCCCUGGUGAAGAUGAGAUGGAUUCAUUGUCGUACAAGGGGAGAGCGAUCGGCCAGAUCGAGUGCCUCGUCCUCACGGUGGGAGCAGUCCCCGUGGAGUGCACUGCCCUCGUUGUGGAAGACAACGAGAAACCCUUCUCCUUUGGGUUGCAGACACUGAAAUCUCUGAAGUGUGUCAUAAACAUGGAGAAGCACCAUCUUGUUCUGGGGAAGACGGACAGGGAAGAAAUCCCGUUUGUGGGCAGUGGCAGCACCGUGGCAGGAGAGCA